AUGUCGCGCCCGCUACUUCCCGAGUCAGCAUACGAAGCUCUCGGCCUCUCUCCUGAAGCGAUCAAAGACCUGAUGAAUCCCAAGCCUGCGCCCGAGCCUACCAAAAUCCACGCGCCGAACCUCCUGCAGAGUGACGAAGACAAUGCGCGACCCAUGUCACCCAACGAAACUUCCAUAACGCUAUACGCCGAACUGCUGCUGCAUAUACGUACGGUCACGCUUUUUGCAUCGCUGCGCACGAAUUUCUCUCGGUCGACGGACGCGAAGCUGUCGUCUGAUGGGUCCUACAUCACUGUAUCGCAUGAGGGCCAGUCCGCGUCAAUACGCCUUCCUAUCAACGUCAAAGGCGGAGGUGACGCUGCACUCGAAUUACCAUCACAGCCUCCGACCAAAGAGUUGACACUCCGUCUUCAGCUGGAAGAAAAGGAAGGAAGCGACCUUCUGGGGACACUGCAACGCGAAGACCGACAGGCCAACAUUGUACCAUGGGACGGUGCUUCGCUCAACGAUGCAAAGGACGUGGAGAUUACUUGUAAGAGCUGCGACAGUAUCCUUGUGGCGAGAGGAAAGAUUCAACAGUGGAGAGAUCUGCCUAAUGAGAAUUGGGCUGAGAUGAUGGACUUUUGGCAUUGCCAUAAGCCGGACGAGCACCACUUGCACGACCAUACGCAUGAAGACGUUGUCGGUCAGAAGGGCUACGCGGCUGGGAAUCGACUGCAGGCUGUUGGAGGUGUAGGGUUUGUUGAUCUGGCCAACUUUCUACUGGCAGAGUCGGAUUGCGAAGGCGCACAGCUCUCCUCUGAUGACGAAAGCCCGAACAAAGAUCUCGUCCGAUGCAAGCAUUGCAAGCACACAAUCGGCUCCCAGGAUCCCACAACCGACGGCUGGCGAAUACGAAAAUGGGCCAUUAGCAUACGAUCUGCAAAAACCACACCAUCAUCCCCAACCACGCAUACAGUCCAGAAAUGGAUAUCAGCCCGCCUCCUCCACCUCAUCGAAAACACUGGCAUCCGUAAAUUCCACAUCCACACCGCCGCACCACCCAACCAAUCCCAAGAAACCCCCGUACCCUCCCUCCUCAUCUGGGUCUUCACCCCCGAUCUCCUCUUCUCCUCAUCGAUACCAACGCCCGGUCGCCUCGAUCCUACACGUACAAUGAAGGUCUUCUAUCAGAAACAGACUUGGCAGGCUUUGAAGCCGGGAGAGCCCGAGAAUGCUAGUAUAGAGGAUGUGGAGUUUCCGGUGGAUCUGUAUGAGGAGUUGGAGAAGGGGUUGGAGAGGAGUCAGAGGUUGUUGCCGCCGACGGCGAAGAAGUUUCAGGGGUGGGAUGUUGGGCUUUUGGAGAGGUUUGAGGUGCUUGAGGCGGGGUUGGGUGAAGGGCAGGAAGAGGGUGAGGAGGCUGGUGCAAAUGGGGGUGAGAAUGGGAAUGGGAAUGGGUUGGGUGGUGAGAUACCGGAGGAGGAUGUUGAUUGA